AUGCAUGAAUGUAUGCAGCAGCUCUUGCAACCACAACAACAACAACUACAGCAUGUUGAUUCAAUACGAUCCUAUCUGAAUGACCUUGUUGUUGGUGUGGUCCAAAGUCAGCAGCAGCAACAACAGAAUACCAACACCAAAGAUAUAAAGAAUGGUCUCAAUUCAAUAAUACAGAGAUACAUCGACUCUAACGAUCAAACUACUUCAUUCUUGGCAUGGAAACUUGCAAUUCCUUUCAUAUCGACCUACUGUAGAGAGAGGUUAGAGGUGAUCCAGUUCAUGUCAAUGCUCAUCGACAAGACAUUGUCACUGUCAGAGAGCUUCACACAGCGACUCAAAGCUCAACUUGUUGGACGUGCUGCGAAAGUGGUUGCCUCUGCAACCGACAAUGAUAUAGCAGAGUUGGACGAGGAAAUACUACUUACUCUGGAGGUACAGGAGGUGUUUGUCGACCUAUACACCAAUAUGUUCAAUCAUAUUACACGUCUUGAGCCUCUAUCUGCUCAACAGAUUCGUCCACUGUUCUCGAUCGUAUUUACAAUGUUGAAGCAGUCGAAGCAAUAUAAAGAGGUGACCAAACAACUCGCCGAUCAAAAGGUGGUCAUAGAUCUGGGCAACCAACAACGACAUCUCGAUAAACAGUGCGAUGCAAUCCUCAAGAAGAUCGAGUCACUCUAUGUCCUUAUCAGAGAGCAAUCCACUGUUGAAGGCUUCUUUUCACCAAGCUCACCUCUAUCCAGUCUGACACAAUAUUGUUUAGAUCUGUUUAGUGUAUUCGAAGUUGGAAUAGAUACAAGCUUUCCAACACUGUUGAACACAUACAAGUCGAUACAGGCAUUCAUCAGCUCCAAUCCCAAGAUUAGCAAUCAUGUCGAGUACCGCAACACAUUCGAAAAGACUGCCACCGCCGCCUAUCACAACCUUGUCGAGAUGAUUAACAUCACCAAAAAGAAUGGCACUGAACAGACUAGUCCCAAAUAUUUAAAGUUGUUCAAGUUCUACUCGAAUGGUGUCCAAAUCUUCUACCGACUGUUUUCCAACAAGUUCCUGUCGUUGGAUUUCUACGCCAAUCAUAUCAUCGACUCCUACACAUAUCUUGGCACACACAUACCCUCUGGAUCACUCAUCUCUAACCAAAUACAGGAGAUCAUGGAGGAACACAUCUCAUUGUUGCUACAACUGCAAGGCGAGAGCAUAUUCAACAACCUUUUCCAACUACAGCACUACAGUAACAAAUCAGCGAACACUCAAAAUAUACAGCAACAACAACCAGAUCAACUUAAAAGCAGGACAAUUGGAAAGUUGAAAGCUAUUCAAUCAUUGUUCAAUCGUUUACCCAUGGCCAACAUAACUAUUUCCAUUGAUUCACUUCUCUCCCUCCUCAUGCUCAGCAUGGAUCUACUGCCUCAUUGCCCUGGUAUACCAUCACUCUUUGACGAUACGAUCAGGUCCUGCUCCAAACUCAUUGCAAACAAUCCAUCAAUGAUUGGCAACUCUCUCAUUGUUUCAUUGGCUAAGAAUGUAAUCAGCACAUCCAAAGUCAUUCAACGAGCUGCCAGUCAUCUAUGGGAAUUUACCAUUCGCUUUGGCUCAAACACACCUCUCUACAACCUCAGCUACACUUACAUACUACAUUUGGCCCAACUGUACAGCAACAAGGACCUAAACAAUCAUGAUGACUUUUAUGGUUGCUUCUCAAUGCUCCUGCGAUGUUUCCUCAACGAUCACACAAAGCAAAUCGAUAUAUAUAAAGUCCUAGUGCAGGAUGCACUAAUGCCCAAGCAGACACCUCUUUAUGAAUUUCCUUCACUGCCGAUAUUAUUCUUUAAGUCAUUGGUCCACACAUCAAACACCAGCCAGACUAUUCUCAACAGCAUUGAUGAUGUAUGCUACACCUCUAUCCAAUCACUCAAGACCAGUCUCGACACGAAUGACCUUGAAACAAUGAUCAAUACCCUAUACCUAUUUGAAUCUAUCCACGCGGAUCUUAUCUCACUUCAUGCCAAGUCACAGCUGAUUGAUGUAUACAUUCAGACACUCAACAACAUUUCAUCCACCUCCAAAUCAUCUGUUUCAUCCAAUCCGAACAUUGUGGAACUUAUAUUGCUCAAGCUGGCAAGCCUUUCCUCUGCCUUACUACCAAAACAAAUACCAAAUCUGUUGAACUCUGUGUCGACAAUAGAUGAUAUCUCACCAUUGGUAUGCGCCAUCAGUCAACUACUACAUUCACUUCUAUCUCUGAAUGUCGUGGACCAAAUGGAUCAGAUGAGCUUCCAAACCACCAUACGAACUAUUAACAAGAUAAUCACACAUUUGAUCUCAUCGAUUGGCGACAGUUGGCCACUUCGUUAUCAGGUCCAAUCUCUCAUAACAGACUACUCAAAGAAAGUCAAGUCAAAGCCAACACUGCCAAAUGAUCUUUGCAGAGCAUUCGAUAACCAACUGCAUAGUGUCAUUGAACCGAUUGGCAGUAUAGAGUUUACAUUUGAGGAGGAGGACAACAAACAGAUCGAUAUGCUUACCAAACUGGACAGCAAUACUCUCAUGCAGCUCGCAAGGCAACAAUCACAACAACAACAACAUAUUGGUCAAAAUGGUCACCAUGUUGGUGGUGGCAACAAUAAUAGCAAUAACAACAACAACAACAACACAAACACCAACAAUGGCAAUGUAAAGACACAGUUUGAUUUGGUCUAUCCGACAACAACAGCUGCUGCAGGCCCAAACCGAUCGAGGAAUAUAGCUGAGACACUGAGACAGAUGAAGGACUGUGGCAAACAAUUCUUCAACCUCAUGGAGGAAAACAGCAACAACAUGGAUCGUUUGCAAAGGACACGAUAUGUUAAUGACCUAAAGGAGUUGCUACAUGGAAUGAUGGCGCAUUGUGAUCAAGUCUGA